GUUAUGAUGAUCGAGACACUGAUUGCAAUGAUGCGGUAUCUGUCACCUCGGCAGGACGACGAUGCUGUUGAUCGGUUGAAUUAUCUAUUUACUCCAAACAUACUGUUGGCAUUUGCGGUAUUGAUCAGCUUUAAGCAAUUCGGUGGCCAUCCUAUAGAGUGCAUUACUGCAAGCAAGCUGCCUGGUUCGUGGGAAGAAUACGCAGAAAACUACUGUUGGGCGCAAGACACGUAUUUUGUAAAACUAAACGAACCUGUGGCUUUAGUGCAGCAGCAAGAUCGAUAUACUGAAAACAGGAGGUUGACAUACUAUAAAUGGGUGCCAUUCUUCUUGCUUUUUCAAGCAGCUUUAUUUCGUCUUCCCAGUCUGUUUUGGAACUACCUUUCUUUUAGCUCAGGAAUUCGAAUAAAUGAAAUUGUAACACGAGCAGUGGACCCAGCAAACAUGGAGGAGCCAAAUCAGAGCCACUGUGUCGCGGUGCUUGCUAAACAUAUUCAGAACGCAUUAAGGUUUCAAAGACGGAUUCACAAGACACUAACUUUUUUAAACAUUCGAUACACCGCGUUCUUCAUAUCAUUGAUGUACAUGAUCACCAAAACUCUGUAUUUGACCAACGCGCUUUUGCAAAUAUACAUCUUGAACAGGUUUUUAAAAAUUGGCCAAAAUGAGUGGUAUGGUUUGAAAGUUAUUCAAGAGGUUUUAAAUGGCACUGAAUGGAGUAAUAGUGGAGUUUUUCCGCGGGUCUCAGUUUGCGACUUUACGAUCUGGCAAGUCGGAAACAUUCUUCGGUAUUCAGCACAGUGUGUUUUGGUCAUCAACAUGUUUAACGAAAAGAUUUUCAUAUUUCUCUGGUUUUGGUACAUGCUUCUAGUUACGUGUACAUUAUUAUCGUUUGCGUACUGGUUGAUAACGCUAACGGUUCCAUGCUUUAACCGGUGGUUUAUUUCACAGAGUUUAGAAUUGUCGGACAUGAAAUUCGAUCCUGAAACAAAGAGAAAAGAAGUUGAAAGAUUUAUAUCAAAAUAUUUACGAUACGAUGGCGUGUUUGUUCUCAGAAUGGUUACUAUACAUGCGGGAGUAAUUUUCGGCACAGAUUUGGUGCUUGCUUUAUGGAACGCCUUUUACCACCUUGAAGAGGAAGUAAUAAGGAGGAAAGAAUUUACUCCGCCUUUGGACUUAAAUGUACGCACUAAGCUGAUACCGGUUGUGUCCGACAAGUCUGAAAGCGGUUCGAACGAUUAUAACUGA